AUGUUGUUAGCUUAUGAUGGAAACAAAACCGUGUUUUCAGCAGGGCCAUUACCAUUUGAAUCCCAAGAAUUUUCUGUUAAACUCACCCAACAAAAUGGGUGGGAAAAGGAAUUCAAAAUCAACAUCAAAUUUGCAGGUGGAAAGGAUAUGAACCAUCUGAAACAGUUCUUAAAUGGUGGACACCAUGAUAAUCCCAUGAAACUAUCCAAGCUCUUGAUGUUUUUCUAA